AUGAAAAAGGACACUGCAGCAACUGUGAAGCCUAAUGUGGUGGUGGCUAAGGAUGGAUCUGGUAAAUACAAGACUAUCAGUGUAGCUUUAGCCGAAGUGCCCAAGAAAAGCAAUGAGACUUUUGUGAUUUAUAUCAAGGCUGGUGUUUAUGUGGAGACUGUGAAUGUUUCAAAGCAUAUGAGGAAUGUUUUCUUGAUCGGAGAUGGACCGACCAAGACCAAGAUUACUGGGAGCAAGAGCUUCGUCGGCGGUGUCACUACCUACAGAACCGUCACAGUGUCGGCUGAUGGAGAGCACUUCAUGGUAAAGGACAUCGGAAUCGAGAACAGCGCUGGAAGUGAAAUGCACCAAGCUGUUGCACUUCGUGUGUCCUCUGACCAUGCGAUCAUUUACAACAGUCAAAUCGAUGGUUACCAAGACACCCUCUACGCCCACACCCAUCGUCAGUUCUACCGUGAUUGCACCAUCUUAGAAUCUUUUAAUCUGUAA